AUGCAAGACUCCUUAAACUCAAGUUUAGACUCAAUAGAGUUAGAAAUUUAUCAUAAACCUAAUCCUAAGAUCAGAUCAAUAAUAGAGUAUUUGAGAAAAUCAAAUUUGCAAUUCUGUACGGAUCCAAAAAAAAAAUAAGACAAUUAUUAUUCAAACUUAACUGAAUCUAUUGAUCAAUUCAAUUUGAGAAGAAAUAAAUUUAUAAACAGAAAAAAACCUGAAAUUUUAAUAGAUUAUCCAGCUCUUUGA